CGUCCAGCCCUGCCUGCUCCUCCUCAGGCCUGGGCGCCUCCGGCAGGCACUCCCUCCCUCCCCCUCUCCCCAGCUGCCUCCUCCUCUCCUCUCCCGUUCUCCUUCCCUUUUCACCCCAUCCCCUGCCCUGGCUGCAAACAUGAGGGUCUUGGCCUGCCUCCUUGCGGCACUGGUGGGGAUCCAGGCUGUUGAGCGGCUGCGCCUGGCCGAUGGCCCCCAUGGGUGCGCUGGCCGCCUGGAGGUCUGGCACGGAGGGCGCUGGGGCACUGUGUGUGACGACGGCUGGGACCUGCGUGACGCCGCCGUGGCCUGCCGGCAGCUGGGCUGCGGAGGGGCACUGGCUGCCCCCGGGGGCGCCUUCUUCGGGGAGGGGGCAGGGCCUGUGUGGCUCAGCGAGCUGGCUUGCCGGGGCCAUGAGGGGCAGCUGGGCGUCUGCCACCACCGGGGCUGGAAGGCCCACAUCUGCUCCCACGAGGAGGACGCGGGCGUCGUCUGCGCAGGUCAGCGCGUGGCUAACUCCAGGGACAAUUCAGCAUCUCCCCUAGAUGGGGCUCCCUGGCCAGGGCUGUCGGUGGAGCUGGGUCCCAGCACAGAGGAGAACCCAGUGACACACGCCCCCCGCCCAGCUGGGAACCCCCAGAACGCCUCCCGGAAGAAAGGCCCCCGGCCCAAGCAGGCCAAGUCCACCCGGGCCCCUCUGCUGACAACUGGAGCCCCCCGCCAAGAGCGGCUGCGCCUGGUCUCUGGCCCCCACAGGUGUGCCGGCCGCCUGGAAGUCUGGCAUGGCGGGCGCUGGGGCACCGUAUGUGAUGAUGGCUGGGACCUGCGCGACGCCACCGUGGCGUGCCGGGAGCUGGGCUGUGGGGGGGCGCUGGCUGCCCCCGGCGGUGCCAGAUUUGGGCCUGGCGCAGGGCCCGUGUGGAUGGACGACGUGGGGUGUGGAGGAGGAGAGCAGGCCCUCCGAGACUGCCCCCGGAGCCCCUGGGGCCGGAGCAAUUGUGACCACAGCGAGGAUGCCGGGCUGGUCUGCACUGGCCCAGCACCUCGGCUGCGCCUGGCUGAUGGCCCCCACGGUUGCGCUGGCCGCCUGGAGGUCUGGCACGGAGGGCGCUGGGGGUCGGUAUGUGACGACGCCUGGGACCUGCGAGAUGCCGCUGUUGCCUGCCGGGAGCUGGGCUGUGGGGGGGCGCUGGCCGCCCCCGGGGGUGCCUUCUUUGGGGAGGGGGCUGGACCCAUCAUCCUGGACGACCUCCGGUGUCGGGGAAAUGAGACGGCCUUGCGAUUCUGCCCAGCUCGGCCCUGGGGCCAGCAUGACUGUCACCACCGCGAGGACGCCGGGGCUGUGUGUGAUGGCAUGCCUCUGGGCUAUGUCCCUCCCAUGGUCCCUACUGUGACCAGCAACGACUCCAUAUCCAGGGAGGCUGCCUCCAGGCCACUGUCUACCGUGACAAGCCAGGCUCCAGGGACGGCAGGCGUUUCACCUCCUCUAGCCUCCCCUACUGUCCCUUGGGAGCCUGGACCAGAAGCCGGGUCCCCGCAGCUGCGCCUGGUGGCUGGGCCCAGCAAGUGCUCAGGUCGACUGGAGGUGUGGCAUGACCAGCGCUGGGGGACCGUGUGUGAUGACAGCUGGGACAUGCGAGACUCAGCUGUGGUCUGCCGGGAGCUGGGCUGUGGUGGACCUCGGCAGCCAGACCCUGCUGCUGGCCACUUUGGCUGGGGUGCAGGCCCCAUCUGGCUAGAUGACGUGGGCUGUGUGGGGACCGAGGCUUUGCUGUCCGACUGCCCUGCUGCUCCCUGGGGAAAGCACAACUGUGCUCACAAUGAGGAUGUUGGGGUAACCUGCACUGGGCCCCCAGGCCUGGACUCCAUCUCAGACCCCUUCAGUUGGAGCUGGAUUCCCGGACUGGGGAGAGAUCGGAAUGCCUGGCUCCCAGGAGAGCUGGCCACCAAGCCCUCUGCAAGUGUGACUGCCAGUGUUCUGGAGAAAACAACCACGAAGGCCCCAGGAAAAAUGCCUAAGAGUACUAAGAAGUGGGUGACAAAAAAUGCAAAGAGACCAACCACUCAACCCCCAGUGACGCCAACCACGAAACAUUCCAGGGCCCAAAGCCCCCCAGACCUAACCUCACAGACCACUGCAGCCCUGAUCACUGAGGCCUCCCGAAGACCUACCUUUGAGUUUACCAGAAGGCCAACCACAGAAGCCCCCCACAGAUGGACCUCUCACAGCACUGCCAUGCUGACCCCUCAGACUCCCCGAGAACGGACCAGUAAGACCAUGGUGAUGCUGACCACUCAAAGCCCCCGAGAAAUGACCUCUGAGGCCACCAUCAAGAGAGUCCCUCAGGCCUCCCUGGAGCCAUCUGCUGAGAUCCCACAAGAGUCAUCCAAAGAUCCGGCCCCCUCUCCCACUGCUAGCACCACUGGGGAAUCAGGCCUGUUCCGGGUUCGUCUAGCGGAUGGGCCCAAUCGCUGUGCUGGCCGGCUGGAAGUGUGGCAUGCUGGACACUGGGGAACAGUGUGUGAUGACAACUGGGACCUACGAGAUGCCACUGUGGCCUGCUGGGAACUGGGCUGUGGAAAGGUCCGGCCCCGAGUGGGCAAAACCCAUUACGGCCCUGGAACUGGGCCCAUCUGGUUGGAUGACAUGGGCUGUAAGGGAAGUGAGGCAUCAUUGAGCGACUGCCCCUCAGGGGAAUGGGGGAAGCACAACUGUGACCACGAGGAAGACGUGGUGCUCACCUGUACUGGCUAUGCAGACUAUGACGAUUAUCCCCCCUGGACCUGGGACCCCACCUCAGCAGAGGACCUGGCCAAGGGGACCACCACAGUGGGGGGACCUGGACACACUCUCCCCUGGGGCACCACCAGGCACCCAGAGACCCCCUUCCCAGCAACAAGGCGCCUGCCAGACACAGGUGGCAGAGAUGGUUACAAGCUUCCCUGGAUGUGGGACACAGCUUCAGGAAGGGGCCUGGCUGAGGGGACCCCUACUUUAGGCAAACUAGGACCCACCGUUGGAGCUGGCAUCACCAGAAGCCCAGGCAGUCCUCCAGCUCCGAGGGUUCAUGGGGACACAGGUUCCCCGAGGAAACCGUGGCCUGAGGGCAGGCCGCCGCGGCCCACUGCUAUCAGGACAGCGCCCCCCACCCCAUCCACAGGCCCCUCCGCCUCUCCGGGACCCCCAGGCCCAGCGCUGACCUCUGACUCCAGUCUAGAGCUCACUCCCCGCUCAGCCUUAACGCCCGAGGCGACCUCUGACCCUGCGGACACUUCGCCCACCUCAGACCCAGCCUCCCGGACGAACCCCGACCUUAUCUUGACAAGCCCCGACUUUGCUUUGUCCACCCCUGACUCCAAUGUGGUUCCAUCGCUGACCCCGGAGCUGUCACCCACGCCCCCACCCACCUUGCUCAAAGAGCUCACCUCUGACCCCUCUACACCGUUGGAGGUGACCAGCCUUUCCCCUACCUCAGAGCGGACCCCAGAUUCUGACACAACUUCAGACUUGGACACGACUCCAUACCCCAGUACAGUCUCAGAAUAUUCCAGAUCCCCAGACCCCUCCCCAAGCCCUCACUCCACUAUUACCCCUGAUCCCACCGUGACCCCUGGUCCCACCACGACCCCUCACCCUACCUUGACCUCUCACCCUACCAUGACACCUCACUUCCCUACAACCACUCAUCCCACCACAACCCCUCAACCCACCACCAUCAUUCACUCCACCACGACUCCUGACCCCACGACAACCCCUCAACCCACCACCAUCAUUCACUCCACCAUGAUUCCUGACCCCACGACAACCCCUCAACCCUUCGCCACCAUGCAGCCCACCACAACCCCUCAACCCACCACCACCACCACCACUCACUCCACCACGACCCGUCACCCCACCACCACUCCUGACCCCUCCUCAACCCCUACCAUCACUACUAAGUCCCUUCCAACCUCCGUGGGGACAGAACUCUCCUCUCCCACUCCAGCACCAACAGUCAAGCCCAGUCUGCCUCCCGAGUUGACCUUCACAGCACCUGCUCCUCACCCCUCCACAUCUGAAAUGCCCACCUUAGAGCCCUCUCCAGCCUUGGAGUCCAGGUCCUCCAGGUCCUCCACAGCCACAAGCAUAGACCCACUGUUCACUGAGGACUUCAAGCCAUCCAGAAGCCAGAGCCCCAGCCUAACCCCUCCACCUACCCAUGCCCCACACUCAGCCUCUGACCUCACUGUGUCCCCUGACCACCACCUCUCCCCCAUAGCCCACCCCUUGGAUCAACCUCCUCUUGACCACCUCACCCUAGGGCCAACCCCUGGUCAGAGCCCGCGCCCCCAUGGUCCAUGUGUGGCCACAACACCACCUGUAAGGGUCAUGGCUUGUGAGCCACCUGCCCUGGUGGAACUGGUGGCCGCUGUGAGGGACGUGGGUGGUCAGCUGCAGAGGCUGACUCAGGUUGUGGAACAGGAGCGGCAGGAGCGCCAAGCCCUGCUGCUGGGGCUGACCCAGCUGGUAGAGGCUGCCCGGGGUCUGGGGCAGCUGGGUGAGGCCGUGAAGAGACUGGCAGAGGUGACCUGGCCCCCCACCAUGCCUGCACCAACUACCACUACCCCAGAGGCAGAGGAAAGGCCUCUGAGGGGAGAUGUGUGACCCUCUCCAGGAUUUGAGUGGUUUAAGACACUCCUGACAAAAAAAGAAAAAGAAAACCAAAGUAUCUAAUUAAAAACAAGGUGUGAAUGGU